GAGUGUUUGACCAAUACUAGAAAUAUAUGUUUGCCUUAUUAACUGCACUCUCCACUGCUAAUUUUACCGAACAUGAAUGCCACAAGUUAACGUUUAGUUAUAGUAGUUGUACUACCGUAAGAUAAAAAGUCGAUUGUGUCUAAAGACAAUUACUGAGACAUAAUGACAAAACUGUCAAAAGAUAAUCAAACAGAUUUAGCUAAAAAAAGGUUCAGAUUAAUUUUAAAAGAUGGAGUCAACAUUGGGGUGGAUAAAAUGCGUGUAGAGUUACCCCAAUGGUUCGACGAGAAACUCUUUCUAAGAGGACAAAAAUGUUUCAAUACAAAUUUUUAUUCCAUAUUCUUGGCAGGUUUCAUUGGAUUAGUGGCUGUGUUAUCUAUACCCACCAUAUUAGAUGUAUUGAUACUCACUAAUAAAUCAUCUAAUCCAUAUGCAGCGUACAAAAGAUACACAGAAACAAUCAAACAUGUGCUAAAAUGGUAUCAUUAUGAUAUUCACAAUAUUAAAUCGAAAUCUCGCAAGUCUCUAUCGAUUGUUAGUGGAUUUCAUUGUGCUGCUGCUAAAACAUCAUUUAAUGCCGGUCUUGGUAUUCGAGUUAAUCAAAAAGACAUGGUUCUAACCCAAUUCGGUUUUAUCGGACUGGUAUUGUUGAAAUAUAAAAAUUUAGCUAUUCAAAUUUCUGAAGACGAUGAAAUGGCGUUAGUGCACUUUUGGAGGACUAUUGGAUAUUUGUUAGGGAUUAAAGAUGAGUUUAAUUUAUGUAAUGGAAGUUUAGAAGAAGUGCGUAGCUUAUGUGCAGAAAUAAUGUCUGAAGUUUACGUGCCAUCACUCGAAAACCCUCCGCCUGAAUUCAACAACAUGGUCGGCUAUUUAAUUGAAGGAUUAAAACCUAUAUCUCCUUUGAAUGAUUUUGAGUCAUUUAUGAAAUUCAUGUGGAGGGUAUGCGACCUUCCUGAAAGAAAAUUGACUAAUACCCGUAGUCAAAUUACAUACAAUACACAAACAUUUAUAAUUACUGUGCUACUGACAAAAUGGUGGUUGGUAUGGUUUUUUCGACCAGUUAUGAAUUUUCAAAUUAAAAUGGCUAUAUGGCUUAAUGAAAGUUUUCCACUGUUUGCUGCUUUUAAGUUUGGAACCAAAGUAUUUUGUAUGAAUUCUAUCUCUAAUGUUAUAAACAAAAAGGAUAAUUAAUUGAGCCAUUUGAUAUUUAUUUAUUGACUUUUUUAAUUUUUAAUCAUGGAUAAAAUUAUCAAAAAUUGUGUAUGCAAUUAUAACUCCGAUGUCUUUAUUUAAACAUUUAGUUUUUUCUCCGAAAAAAUCACAUAUUUUUAUUUGUUUACUUUUAGUGCUGAAUAAAAAAAUGUAUUCAGUUG